CAGUAGGGGAGGCAGGCACAGCGCAGGAGCGGCCAAACACCAUCACCGACCGAGUGUGUGAGCCAAAUGAUGGUCUCUCCCUGAAAAUACCAGGCCAGGUUCAACCGAUCCACCAUUGUCAGCCGUUUCGACGUCGGACAUUGCGGACUCCAACCGUCACCAUUCUCUCAGGAAUGGGAUUUGAAUGUCUUGAUUGAAUCCUGGAGAUCCUCUCCUGCGCUCGACCUGCCGCGGAAACACUCUGACUUCCUAGUCGCCUGGCUCCUCAUUGCUGCCGCAGACCGGCCACUCUACUCGGCUCAUUUCACCCAGGCUGUCCGCGGACCACUGGCUCUGGCAUCUGGACACAUCUGGACAGAUCUAUCGUCGUUGAAGAUACGGAAACGUGCCUGUGUGUGUGUGUGUGUGUGUGAGAUCUGCUGCCUGUAUAAUGCCGACAAAUUUGCGGUUCCGGAGAAGGUCAUUCCUUGGGCUUUUAUUCCUUUUUUCACUGUCCACCACCGCAUUAUAUUUCAUCUACUCCGCCCCCGGAAUCGUGAACGAGUAUGUGUUCAUGGUCCAAGCCAGAGGGAUCCAGAUCAGAGAGAACGUGAAGAACAUCGGGGCUCAGGUUCUGGAGCAGGUGGUGAGAGGGGCUUACAGCGCCAAUGGCACAGAUUAUGCCUAUGACUUCAAUGUGAGCGAGAGCGAUGCUCCUCCCACCACAUACCUCCCUGAGGGCUUCACCUACCUCCCUUCUCAGCUCUGCCCUGAGAGAAUGCUCUCUAUGAAGGGCAAGUUGGAGGUGAAUAUGAGUGAGGUGUCUUUGGAGGAUGUGGAGAGAUCGUUGCUGGAGGGAGAGCCUAGCAUGGCCUCAGGAGGCCACUGGAAGCCCAAAGACUGUUUACCUCGCUGGAAGGUGGCGAUCCUAGUCCCGUUCAGGAACCGACAUGAACACUUACCCAUUCUCCUGAGACACCUGGUGCCAGUGUUGAAAAAACAGAGACUUCAGUUUGCCUUUUACGUCAUAGAGCAGGAUGGCACGGAGCCGUUUAACCGAGCCAUGCUGUUCAACGUGGGCUACAAAGAGGCUAUGAAGGACCUGGACUGGGACUGUCUGGUCUUCCAUGAUGUGGACCACCUCAUGGAGAACGACAGGAACUACUACGGCUGCUCAGACAUGCCCCGACACUUUGCAGUCAAACUGGACAAGUACUCCUACAUGCUUCCGUAUAAUGAAUUCUUCGGCGGUGUCAGUGGCCUGACGGUGACGCAGUUCAAAAAGAUUAAUGGAUUUCCUAAUGCAUUCUGGGGCUGGGGAGGAGAGGACGAUGACCUCUGGAACAGGGUGCGGUUUGCCAACUACACAGUGAGUAGGCCUCACGGAGAGCGGGGACGCUAUAUGUCGAUUCCACAUCACCAUCGUGGGGAAGUCCAGUUCUUAGGAAGGUAUAGUCUGCUACGCCACUCAAAAGAGAGACAGAAAGUGGAUGGUCUUAACAACCUAAACUACUCCCCUCAAGUGUCCAGGAGGCCUCUCUUCACCAACAUCACAGUCAGCUUGAGCAGAAAGCUCGCACCUGUAGCUGACUACUGACAUAGGAACAUCUGGACUGCAAAACACCUGGGAAUCAAAGUCCUCUGGGACAUCAGCCAUAUCUCACCAGUUGCAGCACUGCUUAGGACUUUUUAGUUGAUUGAUUCUUGGCUUUAUUUCUUUUAUUUGUAUGCAAAAAAAAAAGGAGACUAAAAUAAGUAUGUUGGAUAAAUCAUCUAAGAAGUUAAGGAUAAAUGCUGCACUUGCUUGUGCCACAGUCCAUCACUCCUCUCAUCUGGGCUUAUCUAGUCUUCGGUCUCCACAUGCCUUUUGCACCAUUUUGGCCUUCAGCAUCCAUUCAUUCAUUUUCUUACUCAGUCAACAAUUAGCUCAGCCCUACACUGUUGUGCUUGUUUAUGAAAAGAGGCCAUGACACACACACACACACACACACACACACACACACACACACACACACACACAAACACACAUUCAAGUUCAAACACACGCCGCACAUGCAUGCACACAACAGUUUGACUUACAUGUGCUGACCUGGUCCCCGAGGCUAUGAUUUUUACUUUGCUCUUGCACUUCCUUUUUUUCAUAAAUGCAGUAAGCCUGUGAAAACAUUUGCAUGCACACACACACACACACACACACACACAUACGACCACACAGCAACUUUUAACCGAGUGGACUCUUGCAGCUGGUUCUGCAGAAGGUUUGCCAAAUCUACAAGUGAAGAGAAAAAGAGAAAAUGAUGUAGAGUGUGAGUGUUUUCAGUCAUGUAUACUGUAUGUGAAAUAGUUUAUCCUGACUUUAGACAAUAUUAAUACCUUAAUCAUCUCUCACCGACUCUAUUUUGUCCUGUGAACAUACCAUUUAUAGACUGUGAUGUUUGUGUUUGCAUAGUUGCAUCGGGUGUUCUGGCUGCCUGCGAGUGGCUGUAUGUUGGAGAGCAACGCUCAUCCUGUUAGCAAUAAGCUGUAAUAACAGACAGCAGAACUUAGACAUGACUUCCUCACUCUACAGAUGCAAUAGCACGGGUGCUAGCAUACCCUCAUUGGACGACAGAAAAGGAGUGACUGCGUAUGCAAACUUCACAUUCAACACACCUUUGCCUAAGCAAACAUGCCACCCUUUUCACAACCCUUGUGUGUCUGUGUGCGUGUCUGUGUGAGGGAGAGCUAUGCAAAUGGCCUGUAUGUAUCCUGUCGUCAGCGCGAGGUCUUCAGGGUGACUUCCAGGAGACUUCACCCCUGAAACUGUGACCGACUGACUUCAGACCUCACUCUGUGUGCGGUAUGCAAGUCCAGGCCAGGGACAGAUAAACAGUUUUUAUUUUUAGAUCCCACAUCCUUAAUGUUUACUCACCUUCAUUUUUUUUUUUUUUAUUAUGGGAGAGAAUUUGAAGUAGAGAAUACUUGAUUGCUGUCACUGUCACUUGUGUUUACAGAAGCUUUUGCUUUGUUAUUUUUCAGAUUGUCUAGUGUUUGUAAUACUGUUAGCCAGCCCUCCUCCUCUGUGGGUGCUGUGAGAACUGUAUCUCUUCAACAACCAAUCUAUGGCUGCCUUUAUUUUUUUAACUGACACUUAUUUAUCUUGACGUGGAUAGGGGAAAGCAGAUUUGAAUGCUUAUCUUAGACUUCAGGUGAUAAACGACUGAUUAGCUUUCUGGCCUGUUUGGCCUGUGAGUUUGUUUGCAGUUUCCAUAAAUUGAAUUUUAAGAUAUUAUUCAAAGUAGAAUUACCAGUUUGGUGGCAUGCAGCCUAACACUGUGCAUUGACACAGACUGACAGCACUCUGCAGUAAAGUACACAGCAGUUGCUAUGUCCCCUUCUCUGAUUUGUGUGUUUGACAGUGUUGAUUUUGAGUAAAAUAUCCCAAUACUGUAAACAUAGUUCCAUUCUUUAAAAAAAACAAAAACAUGCAGACACUCUCUCCUCACUGUCUGUCCUCUAGUCAUGCAGCUACUUCAUUUCACACAAAUCGCCUUGUAUGCAUUUCUUAAGAUGUAUCUUUUUUGGGGGGAAAUGUGGGUGGUUGACAAACUGUUGUGUUCCCACAAAUGAAAUAAGAAGUAAAGAGGCUGGACCUCGUUUUAUUUAUUUGAUCUUUUAUGGAUUAUUUUCUGUAAUUGUUCCUUUUUUUUUUUUUGCGGUUGAUGUGAUGAUUUAGUAGGUGACACAUGACAGACUGUGUUAGAUGCACUGAAACGUAGUUAUGUGUAUUUAUGUGGGAUUGUGAGGUUCAGGACUGUGUAAACGGGGAGAUGUUCCAUUUCAUUUAAACGCCUCUUCAGAAGUGAAUAGCUGCUGUAAUGAAAUGGAACAGGACCUGUCGCCUGGUGUGUAUUACUCUGCUGAACAGACACGUUGGAGGAAGCCAUUUUGUGUGACAACCACAGGAAGAGCAAGACACCUAAUCAGAAAAUGCGACUGAUCGCUGUCUUCCACUGGGAACCUCCUUUAUACUAAUUGAUAAUCAAUGGUGCUGACCUUCCAGAGCUCCCAUUGUGGGAGUCUUUGUCUACGUGCUUACUGGAACCAAUAUUAACAUCAGAAAGGCUAGUAUUGACAGGCAAAACAACCUGCAUAGAAAGUGUUUUUACAUCCAUGCAUUUGUGAAAAACCUGGUGCCUUUUCAUUCUGCCAGGAGAAGCUAAUUUGUGCAUUCGUUGCUAUGGUUCAUUGCCACAAACAGAAGCAUGUGUUUACCUCCCAACCAAUCACUCAGGAGGUCCCCAGUGGAAAUCAGUACAGAUCAGUAGCAGCAUUUGUGUUAAGUUUUCUUUUCCAUGUGUGUUUGAGUGAAAUGGCUAAACUUGUCCUCCAUCUAGAUUUUGAGUUUGUUUUUUUGUUUUUUUAUUUUGUUUUCCAGCACUGAUAUGAAAAAUGAUUUAUAGCGACCUGGUUAUGAACAACUCGCAGGUUCUCUUUUCUAGUUCUUGACACAAGAAUCACUGUAUAUUAUCUUCUUUUUUUUGUCAUUGCUUUAAAUUAAAAGCUAGAUGGACAUAUAGUAAAAGCCAAACGUUUUUUUGUUUGAGUGUUCAGGUGAAGAUUCAGACCCGGAGCGACCUCUUGAUAAAAAGAAUAUUCCAGUUUAGAGUCAGUAUUAGGCUCUGGACUAUAAAAUGCAGAACGAGCAGCUUCAUCAUAAUCAACAAGAUGGGGUUUCUGACGACUAGACAGCUUUGUCCACUCUGACUCAGUAACAGGGGCAAAUCAGUCAGCGCUCUCUUGCUUUUAAUUUAAAACAGGAAAUGAUUAUUUUCAGUUUGUGAUAAGAGCAUGCUGGCUUGUCUUGUCCCUGUUCUAUAUAUAUACUGUAUAUGGUCUCAAUCUAGACCAAGACCAAGCCUGCUGCUCACUAAAGAGGCUUCAUCGUACCAUAAUCUCACCUGCUCUGAUCCAUUCUGUACCAGUUUAAAUGAAGGGACCAUUUUUUGGGCAUCUGACAAGACUGGCAGCCUUAAAGCUUCUUAAUUUAUUGCAGUGUUUUUUUUCACUCAAGGUUUUAUUUUCUUUUUUUUUUAUAAAUAAAAAAAUAUUUAAAUUUAAAAAAGUGCAUAUCAAGAAAAUGAUCAUUGUAAAUAUUGUUGUGUGUAGUGUUUUAGAAAUUCUAUAAGGUCUUAAAUCACUACAGAUGCUAGCAUAAAGAACAAGGCUUUGGAGGGAUUUGGCUGCGGGUUUAUCUGGUGCCAUUUAAGUGCUAGUGAAGCUUACAGCGACAUCAAUGUUUUUACAUCAAUGCUUCCCAGCACAGCCUUUUUUUUCUCUUUAAAUUAAAAAUAUCCUUAUCCCAUGAAUUUUAGAUUCCUCUCACGUUCUGUACUCCAGAGGCCUCCCUGCUCUUACUAUGCUGGAGCCGUAGAAGAGACAUCACGGCAGACAUGGGCAUCAAUCUUCACAUGAAGUUCAGUGUCCUUGUUUCUGUCUGUGAUGUCACUUUGAUGGUGACAGCAGUUGGUUUAAGGUGGAGGUCAGAGGAAAGCACUGCGGGAUAUCAAUGUGUCAGCCAAAAACACCAUAUGCUUACAAUGCAAUGAAACAAAGGCACCCAGACCAGCGACACAAUCCACUCUAAAAUCUACACAGAUUAUUUUUUUUGUAUGAGAGCUAACUAUUUAAAAAAAAUAAAUACAGAUUGCUAAAUUAAAAAUAUAUCUUCUCUGAUUGUAAGGAGAGCAGUUCUCCUUGAAUUGAAGCCAUUUGAAGCCACUUGUCAAAACUUGAUGUCAGCCUUAUGUGGAUCUGUUUGUGUAUCGGCAUAUUAUCUUUUGAUUAUUGAAAUUUGUAUGAUGGAGAUUUUCUUUUAUACCAUCAUUGUUAUUGUCAAAGUACACCAAUAAAAUGAAACUUGUAAAGAUACAGUA